UAAUAAUAUGAAUGGUGUCAAUGGGUGUAACAGUGAACCUGCCGAUGAUACAGUCUUUUCUUGCUCUCCAAAAUAAUAUUUAAGGUGGAGCUAUAUACGGUUAAAGUUACUGGUUUGAUUUGGAAAUCUAAAGUUUAGACACUAUUAUAGAAGCAUGGAUAUGGAGCACCAAAAGCAAGAAGUGGUCGGUUUGGAGGUGGUAGGAGUGAAAAGCAAAACAGAAUGUGUUAAUCCACCGGCUGAGAAAUAUUCUUCUUAUUCUUGUGUGGAUUGGAAGGGACGGCCUGCUGAUCCAGCUAAAUAUGGAAGAUUUAGAGCUGCAAUAUUCGUACUAGGUCUGCAGGGUUUUGAGAUCAUGGCAAUUGCUGCAGUGGGGAACAAUUUGAUAACAUAUGUUUUCAACGACAUGCACUAUACGUUGGCCAAAUCAGCCAACAUAGUAACCAACUUCGUGGGCACAACCUUCCUUUUGUCAGUGGUCGGAGGUUUCGUUUCAGACUCCUACCUCGGGAGUUUCUGGUCGAUUAUCAUCUUUGGCUGCAUUGAGCUGAUUGGAUAUAUAGUGAUUACUGUACAAGCUCAUGUGCCAUGGUUGAAACCAAGCUACUGCAACGUGGUUCUCUCAGAAGGCCUGAAUUGUGAGGAGCCCAAGAGCUCACAAGCACUAGUACUAUUCCUGGGACUGUAUUUGAUUGCUUUGGGUAGCGGAUGUGUGAAGCCUAACAUUCUCUCCCAUGGUGGUGAUCAAUUUGAUGGAAGAGAUGCCAAGGAGAGAAGACAGAUGUCUACCUACUUCAAUUUUGCAUAUCUCAGCUUCUCCAUAGGAGAACUCAUCGCCCUCACAUUAAUUGUUUGGAUCCAAAACCAUUGUGGCAGAGAUGUGGGCUUUGGAGUUUCUGCAGCAGUCAUGCUCUUGGCUCUCCUCACUGUUUCAGCAGGACUUCCGUACUACCGAAAUAGACUUCCCCAAGGAAGUCCCUUGACUCGGAUUGCUCAGGUCGUGGUAGCCGCUCUUAAAAAGAGAAAACUCAAGCAUCCAUCUGCUCCAGAAAUGCUGUAUGAGAUCCGAGAUAAUGCUCGCCAACUUCUCCUUCACACCAAUCGAUUCAGAUUCUUAGACAAGGCAGCAAUCAUUGUACCAGGAGAGUAUAUAGAGAAAGAGAGUUCUUGGAAGUUGUGCCCAGUGAGCCAGAUAGAGCAGUUGAAGCUCAUCAUGCGGAUAAUGCCAAUAUUUGCAUGCACAAUCAUCACAAACUGCAUUCUGGCUCAGCUGCAGACAUUUUCUGUGCAGCAGGGAAGUAGCAUGGACACUCGGAUGACAAAAAGUUUCAGCAUCCCACCAGCCUCUCUUCAAGCAAUUCCAUAUAUAACAAUGGUAUUCCUGGUACCCUUAUAUGAAAGAGUCUUUGUCCCAUUUGCCAGGAGAAUCACAGGCAACGAAACAGGGAUCUCUCAGCUUCAGAGAAUUGGGUUUGGUCUCUUUCUCUCCACACUCUCAAUGGUGAUUGCGGCAUUGGUGGAGGCCAAAAGGAAAGCACACCGUUCCCCUCCCAUUUCUAUAUUCUGGAUUACCCCUCAGUUUUUAGUUUAUGGAAUAUCAGAGAUGCUAACUGCAGUGGGGCUAAUUGAGUUCUUCUACAGCCAAUCCCCAGAGGGAAUGCAAUCCAUGGUCACUGCUCUUACAUAUUGCUCAUUCUCCUUGGGCUUCUUUUUCAGCUCUGUUCUGGUUUCAAUUACUAACAAGAUAACUACGACCGCAUCUCAUGGUGGGUGGCUUUCAAACAAUGACCUCAACAAAGACCAUCUGGAUCUAUUUUACUGGCUGCUCUCCGCUAUUAGUCUUUUCAAUCUCAUCAAUUACAUCUUCUGGGCAAAGUGGUACGACUACAAUCGACCAACCCUUCCUCCUCCUGCCUCAAAAACUAACGUUAACAACAUUCACCAAGGCGUUGAUAAGGUGUAAUGUUCACUACGUAUACAUUUACAUGUGAUAUUUGUUACUAUUAUUACUAGUACUUGGGAUUUGGGUGUAUAGAAAGCUAGCCUCUAAAUGUAAUCAACCUUCCCAAUCAAUGAGAGCAUUUCAUAUUAUAUUUUAGGUA